AUGUCCUGUGAUAGCACGGAAACUGUUGGGCAUUCGAUGUAUAACCUCUGCGGACAUGUUCAAGGUUCCAGUUCCCAGCUGAGCAGCCUGAAUGGAAAUAGGAAAUCUGCAGCAUCGCUGGAAGUCAGGCGGAACCUAAGCAAUAUGCAGUAUUCUGCCGUGGCGCUGGAUCCAGAAACCCUAGUGAAUAAUGGAUCUGGGAUUCCCCACAACCCAGAGGAAGGCACAAAGGCUGCAGCCUUGCCAGAAAGUGAAGUCCACAGGGCCUGUACAACAAAGUGUUUCCACAGCCAUUAUUUAACGAAAACCAGUACACAGGGAGACGUCUACAACUUCCUGGAGAGGCCCAGUGGAUGGAAGUGUUUUAUCUAUCAUUUUGCUGUGUUUCUCUUGGUUCUGAUUUGUUUAAUAUUCAGUGUGCUGUCUACUAUAGAGCAUUAUUCUGAAUUUGCCACUGGAACACUUUUCUGGAUGGAAAUAGUUCUGGUUGUGUUUUUUGGUGCUGAAUAUGUGGUCCGAUUGUGGUCUGCAGGCUGCAGAAGUAAGUAUGUUGGCUUCCAGGGAAGAAUACGGUUUGCCAGAAAGCCAAUAUCCGUUAUCGAUCUAAUUGUGGUAGUAGCCUCAAUUAUUGUUCUGAGCAUAGGAUCUAAUGGACAGGUGUUUGCCACCUCUGCAAUAAGGGGGAUCCGGUUUCUCCAGAUACUUCGCAUGCUUCAUGUAGAUCGACAGGGUGGCACCUGGAGACUAUUAGGAUCAGUUGUUUUCAUUCAUCGUCAGGAACUCAUAACCACGUUGUACAUCGGAUUUUUGGGAUUAAUUUUUUCAUCCUAUUUUGUGUAUCUUGCUGAGAAGGAUGCAGUUGAUGAGGAUGGAAAGACAGGUUUCUCCAGCUAUGCUGAUGCCCUUUGGUGGGGUGUGGUAACGGUCACAACAAUUGGUUAUGGAGACAAAGUUCCCCAGACAUGGAUUGGGAAGACAAUAGCUUCCUGUUUUUCAGUAUUUGCUAUAUCUUUCUUUGCUCUUCCAGCGGGAAUUUUGGGGUCUGGUUUUGCCCUGAAAGUACAGCAAAAGCAACGUCAGAAGCAUUUCAACAGACAAAUCCCAGCUGCAGCUUCUCUAAUUCAGACUCUGUGGCGGUGCUAUGCAGCAGAGAAAUCCUGCAGUUCUACAGCAACAUGGAAGAUCUACGUUACAUCACCAGUGCAAAAUCCCAAAAAACCACCAGCGCCAUCUAGCCCUAGUCUGAGAAAACAAGCUAGAAGAUACAAAAGAAAAGGGAAACUGGGCUGUGGUAAUGGUUCUACACCUGUAAUAAACCCGGGAGAGAAUUCCUUGUCUAUUCCACAGAUCACUUAUGAUCACACUGAACAAGAAGACAAAGAAGUGACUUUCUACAUUGAUGAACCAGGAG